AUGGAAGACUCCGCUAGCGAUGAGUCGUGUCUGGCCGACGACGAACCUUCCCAUCCCCAUUCCGCGAUCGCCGAGCCUCAUCUGCGAAACGACGAGCAUGAGCAUUUCCAUCCCGGAUCCGCGAUCAACGAGACUCAUCUGCGAGACAACGAGCUUGAUCACUUCCGUCCCCAAUCCCCGAACGACGAGGACAACCUGGCCGCUAUUGCAGUAAACCCGACUUGGGUUUGGGCGUUGGAGGAACUGGCCGAGGCUUUACGGCUGCUGAAGAAACGGGAGGUUGCCAUGGAAGACUACAAUGACUUUGAAUCCAUGUCCUCAACCAACGGCUUCAAGCGAUUGUUGGUCCAGUUACAAUCGUUCACCGACGAGGACAUCCAGAACAUCGAUGUUCAGUGGGCGAAGGAAAUCGUGGAAAAGUUGGACGGUUACUUGGCUCUCAUCGAGAACAACAACGCGUUGUUCGACUCCUUGUGUGGGCUGCAAGAUGCGGUCCACGAUGAAGAAGCUCACUGGCUAAGCGACGACACAUCGACGGCCUAG